GAUCACACUGCCACUCGCCGCAUUUUUACUCGUCACUUCACACGCGUUUUUUCCCAAAUCGUGCUUUUUUUGUGAAGUGUUAAUUUCGUUUCUUACAAAUCAGCUCGGCGUUAUAUGUGCGCAGCCAUUGAAAAUUUGAUUGCGGGCACGGAGCUAAAGUUGCAAACAAGUGCGUGCAAUUUGCACGCAGGAAAAUGCCAAAAUUCGUACCGAUUCGCAGCGCGCGUUUGUGUGUGUUAGUGUAAAGAAGAGUGAAGCAGAGAAGCGAAGAAUUGCGAAAGCAGUGUGUGCGAGGCGGAAGAAGCACAAAGACAAAAGGGAGGCGAUAAAAAUUCGGACAGGCGGUGCUGUCCGGCGAUUAAAAAUAAAAUAAAAAGAAUACAGGCGGAAUGCAGGAAAGGGUGUUCAGAAAAUUGUCAAAGCAUUUCCACCCAGUUUGUGGAGUCAAACAGAAUAGUUUUUGAAAAAUCGCCGCGUGUGUGAAAUCUCAACGAAUCAACUACAAAAUAAAAAAAAAAAAUUUUAAAACCACGGCGUGCGUAAGCGUACUCACACUCUCACACACGCACAGACAGAAAGAGAGUAAGAGAGAAAGAGAGUGUCAGCGAGCGACACACACACACGAACUCGCGGGCAGGAAUUGCAACAGUGUGUGCUCCUUUUUUUUUCUUUUUUUUUUUUACUCACGUUUUGUUGUUGUGUGUGCGGCGGCGCUUCUUUUUGGCUUUUUGUGUCUCUCUUUUGUGCCGUUGCUUCGCCGGCUAAAAAAGAAACCGAAAAUUUGAAUUGGCAUAAUGGAGGAUGGACAGGAGCAGAGAGAAUCCUCGCAAGCGGAAUUGACUAAACUGCAUCCACUGACGCCGCUAAGAGAGAUGCCCGAAGAGGAGGAGGAGGAGGAGGAUGAAUCCUCGGCGGGAGCCCUGCACUCGGGCGGCAACAACAACUCCAUCAUAGGCAAGAUGAAGAAGCGCGUAUCCAGCAUUCUUCCCGCCUCCCUCAGCGGCUGGUUUUCGCCAUCGUCUAAAGGAGGCCCCGAAUCCUCCGCUGCCACUGCCGCCGCCGCCGCCUCAUCCUCAUCCGCAAAUCUCCGCCAGCCACGGCAGUCCAAUGGACGCACCGCCACGAAACGGAAACGUGGACGCCGUCGCAUCAUGCUGGCCGAAGCGGAUGCGGAUGCGGCCGAUGACCUGGAUGAUGGCUCCGACGCCAGAGGGCUCAACUACGAGGAGGUGGCCCUGGCCGACAACAUAGCCGAGCACGAUCUGGCCGCCGAGGAUGAGCAGACGCGGCGCAGCGAGUACAAUGAGUUCCUGCUGCGCAAGCGACGCGAGGCAGUUGCCGCUGCCGGCGGCGACGAUGAUGAGGUCGAGGAGGAUGACCUGGAGGAGGAGGAAGACGAGGGCGACGAAGAGGACGACGAUGAGGAGCAGGAAAAUCUCCUGCAGGCCGCCGCCGUGCAGCCCAAGCGUCGACGUCUGGAGCUGGAGACCACCGUCAACUUGCCCAACAUGCGUCGUCUGCCUUUAUUGUCAUCCACGCCCGCUGCUCCACUCGUGGGCGCCACCAGCUCCUCCUCCUCCUCCUCCACCCAUAUGUCGGGGUCUAGGAGCACCAGCAGCAGCAUCCAAUUGGCUCCACACCGGCGCAACCAUCUCAAUUUGUAUGGCGGUCAACGGCAACGCGAGCCCGCCUACAACUUUUUCACGGGCAACGAAGCCGCCGAGGGCAGUACAGGGGAUCUGCCGCACAGCAUACGCCGUUCGUUGAACAUACCUUUCGGCGGCAGCAGCGCCGCAACUAGCCACAACAGCCUCUCCAUCUCCUCCAGCCUUCCCAACCACAAGCGACCCUCGCUCUUGGGCAACCGAACUCAUCGUCGUGAUCUUACCAUGGACGAGACGGGAACUGGUGCCGACGGAGAUCGCCUCGAUCAUUUACUGAGGAUCAGCAAGACCAACAACAACAUAAGCAACAAUAAUAAUAAUAAUAACAACAAUGUCAUCAAGUCCAAAUCAAGACGAACCGAACUGUCGGCAGUGGUCGAACGAGGAGGUGGAGAUGGAGGAGGAGUAGGAGGCGCAGCUGGCGGAGAUUCGCAGUCCGAGGGCGAUAUAAACGAUUACCACGAUAAUAGCGAAGGACACGAUGGACUGCGACCUUCGCAUCAUAACAGCAAUAGCAAUCUGGAAUUCUAUGGCAAUCUGCAGAGCACCAAGUCGAUAUUUAACAGAAGCAACGCCACCGCCCAACCAGCUCACCGCAAUUCCACGUGGUCUCUGAACUCACUGAAUCAGCGUCGUCGCUUCAAUGCCUCCAUUUACGGCAGCACAUCGGCGCUGAGCGACAGUCGCCUCUUGAGUCGCAGUGCCUCAACCUCGGGGUCUGCAUCUGCCUCCAGCUCGCCCUUUUACCAGGGACGCACCACCUUUGGCGGCAAUUCCGCGAACAAUCGCAUCUUCAGUCGCAGCAAUUUGAGCUCCUCUGCUGCCUCCUCAACGUUGGCCAUUAAUUCAGCCGGCAGCUCACCGGCGCAUACGCUGCAGGGAUCCCUAUCCGGUGUUAUGGGCUAUGGCAUGAAACCGGUGGACAUGCGACCCUCGACCAGCAGUAACCUUUCGGAGUCAUCAGUCGGCCAGAGUGACAGCAAAAAGCCAAGUUCCGGCUUGUCGAACACCACACUACGCAUCCUCAGUCUGCUCGAAAGCUACUCCACGCCCCUGAUCGAUGUCAAACGCAUGGGCAGCACCCUCAAGGAGCACCAAAGUAGUCGCCAGCAUCGUCAGGGUACGUCGGCUACACCGUAUCCACGUCCCUCGUUUGCCAGUGCUCCGGUGGCCAAUCCUGUCAACGAGUUGGCCGAACUGCGCUCCAGCCAACUGCUGGUGCCGACGAUGCAGCAGCUGUUGGAACGCCGACGCCUUCAUCGCGUCACCCAGAACUCACGCGAUCUGAUGCACAGCCAGAACACGCGCGUUCUGCGAACGGAGAACAGCCAAGAGAAGGCCAAUCAAACGGCGCCGCCACCACUCGUUGCUCCGGUGGAUCAGCCGGCCAGUCAUAGUCAGCACACCAAUAAGAUGCGUUCGCGACUCUCACACCAGACGCGCAGCAAGGAGCCACGCGCGGAUCUGGAGGAGGCACCCCUGCCGCUGGAUCUGCCACAAAUCAGCUUCCCCGAUAUGGCCAGCACACCAAAGUUCGAUUUGGUCAUCAAACCGACGGUGCCAGUGGUGGACUCUUCGAAACCGCCUUCCACGCUCCCAACCACAAGUAACAAGAGCAAAAUAAGCAGCAGCAGCAGCAGCAGCAGUAGCAGUAGCAUCAUCACUACAAACUCCAAGCAGCUGACCAACUUCCUAGUUAAUCCACAGCCAACGGCUAGCGUUGUAAACUUUUCUGCCAAUGGAAACGUUGCCCCAGUUGGUGGCAAGUCAGCGAAACGCACAUUUAGCUUUGCGGAACCCAUGCCACUGCUGUCUGGUGGCUCGCAAAAGAAUUGCGUCGCCCAGCCGCAGAAUAUCAGACGCAAUUUCUUCUUUCCGGCGCCAACUCCACUGGAUGAAAUUGAGCAGCAGAAGCAGCAACAGCAGCAGCAACAGCAACAGCAGCAGCAGCCAGUGCAGCCAACAAUGAACGGAGCACCAGCACUGGGCUUCGGUGAGCAGUUUAAAAAAUCAUCCAAGGAGUGGGAGUGCGAUGUCUGCAUGGUGCGCAACAAGGCGGAGGUCAACAAGUGUGUGGCCUGUGAGACGGCCAAACCGGGAGCAACUUUGGCUCCACCACCCAUGCCAGCGAUUGUGCCGCUGGGCAGUGGCUUUGGCGAUCGUUUCAAGAAAUCCUCGUCUGCCUGGGAGUGUGAUGCCUGCAUGCUGUCCAACAAGGCGGAGGCCAGCAAGUGCAUUGCCUGUGAAACUCCACGAAAGACUGCGGCGCCGAAGGUUAACAGCUUUCCGCUGAUCACAAACAAUUUGGCUUCGACAUCGGCUGCCGUCUCGGGAUCCGGUUUUGGUAUGACCUUCAAGCCCAAGGCCAACACGUGGGAGUGCCAGACGUGCCUGGUAAUGAAUCAGUCGAGCGCCGCAGAGUGCAUCGCCUGCCAGACGCCCAAUUCGCAAGCGAAAAGCGCCAGCAGCGAAUCGGCACGGAGUAACUCGGCAUCUUCCUCCUCCUCGUCGACAUCCUCCUCCUCCUCCUCCUCCGGAUCAUCCUCUGGCUCCUCGUCCGGUUCAUCGUGUGGUUCAUCGACGGCGCUAUCCCCAGCCAGAUCAUCGUCGUCUAUCACCAGCAUUGGUUCCUCGAGCGACACGGGAUCGGCUGCUGAGGCGCCCAAACUGGAUGCGGGUUUUCAGAAGCUGGUGGCUGCCCAAAAGGCAGCCAGUUGGGACUGCGAUGCCUGCAUGGCCCAGAAUGAUAUGUCGCGCCUCAAGUGCAUUUGCUGUGAGCAACUGAACCCUGCCGCCGCCGCCGCCGCCAACUCCGCUUCCUCAUCAUCCGCCAUCUCGAUUUCAUCUGGCAGCAGCGGUGGUGCGACGACCAUCCCCGCCAGCAGUUUGGUGCCCAAGUUUAGCUUUGGAUUUGCGACUGUUAAAGAGGUGGUCAAACCAGCCGCGGAAAUCAUUCCUGCCCCUUCAGCAGCAGCGCCAGCUACGUCUCAAUUCAGAUUUGGAUUCGGUCAGAGCCAGGAGAGCAAGGAGAGUAAGGAUGUGGCGGACAGCAAGAAGACGGUGCCAACUUUUUCGUUCGGAGUCGGCAAAGUGGAACAGCCAAAGACUGUAAGUUUCAAGGCGGACACCAAGGAAACGAAGGCCACAUCCAGCACGGAAACACCAGCUUCAACAGCUCCAACAGCUGCACCAGCUGCUGCAGCUGCUCCAGCCCUCCAGUUUGUCUUCAAAGCUCCAACCACUGCAGCAGCUGUAACCACAGCCAGCUCAAUCACUACCAUUGGGAGCAGCAGCAGUAGCAGCACCACUCCUGCUUUGGGAGGCUUUAGCUUUGGCGCUCCAGCCUCAUCCUCCACUGUGUCCAGUUCGACGGCCAGCUCAAGUGCGAACCCCACGGCUGUCAAGCCCAUGUUCAGUUUUUCGGGAACGGGAUCGGUAUCGGGAGCUGGCAGUGCCGUCAGUGCUGUCAGCAGCACCAGCAGUAGCCAACAGCCGACGACCAAGGCGGCAGUCCUUAGUUUUGGUGUUUCCUCGAAUACCAUAACAACAACGACGACCUCUGCGACAGCCUUUGCUCUAACACCCACAGCAACGCCGGCGGCAGCACCUGCUCCGGCUGCCAAUUUUAGCUUUGGAAGUCAACCGAAAGCAGCGGCUGCUGGAACUGGAACUGGGGCUUUCUUCUUUGGCCAGACGCCGGCAGCCAUGGCACCAACUACCACCACCGUAAGCUCCAUCUUUGGGUCAGCGGUGAGCACCACCAACUCCAAUUCCAGCUUCAGUGGCAAUACUGCCACCACCACCGCAGCCGCCGCCGCCGUUGCUGCUGUAGUUCCAAGCUUUGCGCCCACCUCCACCCCGCAGCUCUUUGGCAAUUGGGGUGAAAAGAAAGCGGAGACCACGACCACAACCAGCAGCAGCAGCAGCAGCAGCAGCAGUGCGAUUAAGCCAUUCAGCUUUGGAUCUUCAGCCGGUUUGGGAACGUCGCCGGCACCACCAAGUUUUGGCUGGCCAAGCAAUGGAGCCGCUGGCCAGAGCAACAGCAUUGCAGCAGUGGUGACCAGUGCGGCGGCAGUGUCCUCAUCCUCGACCUCCACAAUGGCGGCACCGGUCUUUGGCAGCAGUUCCAUGUUUGGAGCCACCAGCAGCACCAGCAACAGCACCACCACCAGCAUAAGCAGCUCACCCUUCGGAUCGACGGCGACGACAGCGGCAGCGACGCCAGCGGCAACAGCAGCUGCUAGUUUAGGUGGCAAUGGAGCCCUCGCCGGCAUCUUUGGCAAUGUGGGCAACUCUCUGGUGGCGCCUGGAGCAUCGGCAGCCACCACGCCCGCUGCCGCAGUCGCUGCACCGCUGGCCAACAUCUUUGGCAAUGUGACGCCAAUGGCAGCGGCUGCGCCUGCGCCCGUUUUUGGCAGCAGCAGCAGCACCACCAGCACAAGCGGAGGAUUCGGAGCAGCUGCAGCGUCGGCGUCGGCCAACACAGCGUUACCAGGAUCGAAGCUAGCAUUUAACUUUGGCGGAGCAACAGCAGCCACGCCAGCUGCCGCUGGAGCACCAUUUAAAUUCGGGACCACCACCAAUGCCCAGCCCGCCAAGCCUGCAUUCAAUUUUACGGGCUCCGCGUCGAGCUCAACUCCUCAGGCGGCAACCUUCAACUUUUCGGCCAAUACGGCGGCCAGCGGUCUUGCCGGCGGCGAUUCGCAGUCGCAGCAGCGCAUCUUCCAAUUUGGUGUUUCGACGUCGGCGGCGACGGUUGGUAACCAAGCUGGUGGAGUGGGUGGAGCCACCACCUCCUCCGUACCGCCGCCCAUGUUCAAUUUUAACGCCGCGACGCCACAGAUGCAGCUUCAAUCCGCCAGCCGCUGGCAACUCGGCGCAGAAUUCGCAGAUGGCGCGUCGCAAGAUCCGGGCUCCCAUGCGCCGCCUGCCGCCCCGGUAGAAAUGGCAUCGCAGUCGGCCGUCGAGAUAGCAGCUCCAUCUGCUGAGGCCGCCAUCGGAUUAGGAUUAGGAUUAGGAUUUGGAUAUGGAUAUGGGAUGCCAGUGGUCGCAGGAGGAGGAGUCGUUGGACAUGAACGUGAACGUGAAGCAGAGGGGGAAGACAAGACAGAAGCAGACAUCAAUAGCAAGAUAAAAAGCCUCGUCCAGAGACGGAGUCGCCGGCUCAACGAGCAGUACCAGCAGCUGGAAUUGGAACUGCACCAAGUGAUCAAACAGCAACGUCUGAGCAAGUAUCGAUUUGUGCGACGGGGCAGCACGGACACUGAAUUUGCCAGGAUUAGAGGACAGGAGGCAACAGGAGUGGAUGCUGGUGGUGAUGGUGAUAGUGGUGGUGUUGAUGCAGCCCCACCUUCGAUAUUCCGACCAACGGGACUGCCACGCCACAGAAUCAACAACAGAAUUGGCCGUAAGCCAACUGGCGACCACAGAGGAGCAGGAGCAACAGGAGCAGGAUCAGCAGCAGUAGCAGCAGCAGUAGCAGCAGCAGCAGCAGCUGGACCCGCAAGUCGACACGUGCUAAGGAGUCGCUACAAGCUGGUGCGGCGCAGGAGCUGCAGCGAGACGACGCCGCCGCAAGCCUCCGACUGAGACACAAUUAAUCACCUGGAUUAUAAACCGAUCAAGGAGCAUCAUCAUCAUGUCCUCGUGGAGCGGACAUACUACAUACUACAAAUGAUUGCAAAUUAAACAAAAUUCGUUGGUUUAAUUACGCACUGGUCGCGUUAGCGACAAGUAUAUAAUUUUUAAUUGCUUAUAUUUUUAAAUUAAUUAAUUUUUGUUGAUUCUAAUGCUUAAAACGAUACGAUAAUUAUGUAAUAAUUAUUUUGUGAAAAUGUAAAGAAGCGAAAAAGUGCUGCAACAAAUGCGGAUAAAAAGAAAUAGCGCAAAACGUAAACUACAUUAUGUAUACAUAUAUUAUAUAUUAUAUUAAAAUAAAAUUAUCUGUUUAGACAAUUUUCGAACGCAGAGUGAUCAGCCCGCUGAGCUGAGAAAAUAAUGAACGGUUGCAGCCUAAAACGUGUACGAUUGCAUUAAGUCUUAGUUUUUGUUAUUGAUUAUUGAUUUUAGAAUUUAGAUUUUAGAUUUACAUAUAUACGAUACAUACGACCUGUGUGUUGCCCAGGGGAGUGCAACAACAAUGUGCAGCAGCCAAGGUGGCAAGCCAACAAAUUAAAGCAAACAACAACUAUCUAGCAACGUAAACAAACAAAACCUAUAGCUAACAGAUAAGUGAAUGUGGUAUUGGAAACAGACGGGUGGCCAAGAUGGAAAUGGAAAUGCAGAUGCAGAUGCAGAUGGAGAUGGAGAUGAAAAUGAAAAUAUAAACCGGAAACAGUUACGAUUAUGUGCAUGUUUUUUGUAUACAUAUAUUCAUAAAAAACAAUGAAUAUUAUAUUAUAAUUUUAAUUUGAUCAUGUUUAAGUCGAUAACAGAAAUGGAAAUCAGAAGUCUUAAUGUUGAGAAAGAAACGGUAUCAUAAUGUAAAUAAGUAAAUAUAUGCGGUAUGAUAAUUUAAA